AUGCUAAUGAUAGUAAUGAUAGCUACGACCAGUGCUCCGCUAAUCCUAGACAGACGCAACCGUAAUUAUCACACAGCCCCUGCACCUGCAGUACCCACACAGACAGACGCAAGCUCUAAUAGCCUCUAGCCAUGCAAAGGAGCGGCCACGGGGGAGCACGGCACAGGCAAGAAACCAAGGGGUAGAGCCGUAGAGCGGCGCCAAGGGCAACCAAGCUCCCACCACCACCAGUAUAAAAACCUACUCCGGCCUUCUUGUCUUUUGCCAUUCCAAGGUAGAAGAACAAGGGCAGCUUCGAGAGGGAGGCGAGAGAGGAGAAGGAGAAGGAGGAGGAGAUGGGGAGCAGCGCCAAGAAGCAGGAAGCCGUGAGGCGGUACGUCAGAUCCCGGGCUCCCAGGAUGCAAUGGACGGCCGAGCUCCACCGCAGCUUCCUGCAGGCCAUAGAGUGCCUCGGUGGAGAACACAAUGCCACUCCUAAGCUGGUUCUCAAGGUCAUGGGUGUGAAGGAGCUUACCAUAUCCCACGUCAAGAGCCAUCUGCAGAUGUACAGAGGCCCGAGCACUCGCAAGGCCAAGAGAGAGGCGCAACCAGGGCUGCAAAGGAGGCACUCAUGUGCCGCUGAUGAGCAAGGAGGAGCCCCCUUCAUGUGCCCACCUCUGAAAAGGGCGAGGACGGGGGCGGGGACAGAGGCCGCGGGCGAAGGCAUGCAAGGCGGCCAAAGCCAAGGAAUCAGUGGGAUGAAGACCAGCGGCGCUGUCAACCGGUACUGCAUUGAUGAUUACUACAUGCAAGCCAUGGCCAUGGAGAGGAGAAUAAUGGAGGGCCUCAGCGGCUGGCAGAGGGAUGCUGCUGCUGCGGCUGCUGUUUCCGACCUCCGGACCGUGGGAUGCUUGGAGCAAGGAUCCGGCGACUUUAAGCAGAUAAUCAAACCAGAAGCACACCACUACUAUCCUGGUCUUGCGGUGAAGAAGCAAGGACCCAAGGAGAAGGACGGCAACGGGACGGAGCAGUGCUCCCUGUCGCUGUCCCUUGGCCUGGACCCGAGAUGCCUCCGUGCCGCCGUCUCAUCCUCGUCGCCGAGCGAAGGGAGCUGCAUCGUCUCCUCGUCGCCGCCGCCGAGGAGGAGGAGCUCCAGCCACUGCUCCGGGCACUCCGGCUACUCCGACACCCAGGGCGUCAACUUGGACCUCUCCUUGUCCAUCUGCGGAUCUUAUUAGACGACUGGCCGAAAUUUUGUACAUCGAUCUAUCUGUCUGUCACUCGUUUUGGUGCAUGGUGCUAGGAUGAUUAGCUAAUGGCAGGUUGUUAGGUUAGGAUUAGGGGUUCAAUGACGUUUAGAGGAGUGUUAGCAGGUUACCAAGUUGCAAAGGCUAUCUUCAGCUAGUACCAAAGAGAGGGGGAAAAGGCGA